CUUAUUAGUCUUCUUUCUUCUUCUUAGGUCAAGAACUAGCUGUCCUAAAGCUUAAAUCUAAAGCCCUGUGAAAAACUACCUGUUUUAGCUCAAAUGAAGUAUAACACAGAGCUGUGGCGCUGAGAAGAGUUCUGAACAAAUACACAGGUCCUUUGUUUUGAAAUCACCGCAGAAAAAAGAAAAGAAAAAAAGAAGCCUUCUUUUUCCUAUCUCCUCUACUUCUGACAUUUUGAACAAAGCCCUAUAUGUAGCUGAACGUGAUAUAUCAAACCGCAAAAAACGCCUUUUUACACAAACACAUACUAUUAUUUCCUUUCUCUUUAUAUAAAAGCCAAAGUACUGUUGUAAUCAUGAUCAAUGCAAAGGACAUCCAAAUCCCACGUCUACAUACAGUCCCCCCAACUGCACCCUCUUACACCAGCUCAUGUUUUUCUCUUUUUCUUCAUUUCUAAACCCUAAAUCCCAAAUCCACAUAUAAAAAAAAAAAAAAAAAAAAAACCUAUAGUACUACUUAGUCUCAAGAAACUACUUUUGUGAGGUGGGGUUUUCUUGAUUUUGGAAAAAUUGUUUGAGAAAAGGCAUGAAAGUUGUAGUAUGGAGAUUGAGGAGAUUCAAGCUCAAGAGUGUAAGUUUCCAAGAAUUAGCAACAAGAUAGGGUACCGAGAUGAAGAAUUAGAUGAUGUAGGCGAAGUAAAAAAGAGUAGUUUUGGUGAUAUUGGUAAACUUUAUGGGUGGCCUUCAUCAAGAAUUGUUAGAGUAUCUCGUGCAUCAGGAGGGAAAGAUAGGCAUAGCAAGGUUUGGACUUCAAAAGGGCUAAGAGAUAGGCGUGUUCGCCUUUCGGUUAAUACAGCUAUACAGUUUUAUGAUUUGCAAGAUCGGCUCGGCUGUGAUCAGCCGAGCAAGGCCGUGGAGUGGCUGCUGAAAGCUGCCGCUCCUUCUAUUGCUGAGCUGCCUCCUUUGGAGGGAUUUCCAGAUGCACAGCAGCUCAGUGAUGAGAAAAGGUCUAGUGCUGGGGUCGAGCCGGGUUUUGAUGCAGCUGAUGUUGAAUUGGAUGAUGAUGAUCCGAAUUUCAACCAGCAACAACAACAACAACCUUGUAGUAGCAAUUCUGAGACCAGCAAAGGUUCUGGAUUGUCACUUUCUCGGUCCGAAAGUCGGAUCAAGGCAAGAGGACGAGCAAAUGAAAGGGCGGUGGAAAAGAAAAAGGAGAAAGAAAAAGAGUCUGAUCAUCACCAAAAUAUGCACCCUAGCUCUUCUUUCACCGAGCUAUUGGCAGGCGGUAUGAGCAACAAUAACAACAACAACAACAAUAGAAACACCAGUCCUAUUCACCAAAACACGCAGAGGCAAUGGUCUACAAAUCCCUUGGAAUACUUUACCUCGGGACUAUUAGACCCAUCAUCUACUCGUGGAAUCGACAACUCUACUGGCUUCUCGGGUCAAGUUUAUUUGGGAAAUCCUCUACAGCCAUUAAUAGCGGUGUCUUCGCCAAUGUUUAGCAUUUCAGGAGACCAUCAGCCCGAGCUGCAGCAUUUCCCCUUCGGCGGUAACAACCUAGUCCCGGUUGUGACCGCCAAUGGGGAAAGCAAUACCCAGAGCAAUACAAGUAACGAGUACAAUUUGAACUUCAGCAUUUCUAGGGGGACCCUUCAGUCCAAUUCUUCUUCUACUUCACCAUCUAUUUUGCCUCAUCACUUCCAGAGGUUUUCUCCUAUAGAUGGAUCUCAAAGUUUAUUUCUUGGCACUACAAUGGCAACUGCUGCUGCUCCUAAUGCUGCUGCUUUAUAUGAUGCCCCUUUACAGCUCUUCUAUGGCAAUGGCUAUAACCAUUCAGAUCAGAAAGGAAAAGGAAAGAACUAAGUUCAUUAAAAAGCCCCAUCUUCAUCUAAGGGAAUUGAAGAUGGAAGCAACAACUAAGUCCCAAAGGGAGCAUGUUUUUCUCAUUUUGAGUACUAUUUCUUUUUAUACCCCCGACAGCAGUUUGUGCACAGGUUUGAAACUCCGGGGAUGUAUGUCUGCCAAGUUAUGUAUUUCUAGUGAGACAUAACUUUUGUUGUAUUAAACCUAAGAUGCUGGAUUUUGCCAACUUCUUUGAACUGGUUUCGUUGUUCUGGGUUGUAGAUUAUCUUCGAAUUUGAUAAUUUCUAUAAGAAAUGAGCAGCCGAUGAUUGAUGUUGACUUCA